AUGCCGUCGGUGGGUCUGGGCACCCUGAAACCGAUUUUUCGACACAUCGGCUCCGCGUCUCAGUACAAUAAUGAGGACCAGGUCGGCGAGGCAGUGCGGGAUUCGGGGCUCUCGCGCGAGACCGUCUGGAUCACCACCAAGGUGGACAACCCCUGGCACCACCGCGUAGUGGAGUCGGUGGAUCAGUCCCUGGCCGCGGUGGGAUUCGAUUGCAUCGAUCUUUUUCUCAUGGACUGGCCCAUCGCCGAGAUUCAGCGCGUCCUCGCUUCGGGCCGCGUGCCCAAUAUCGGGGUGUCCAAUCUUGGCAUCCGAAGCAUGGAAAAGCUGCCGUCCCAUUCGGAGUGCCAUGUAGUUCCGGCUGUGAGCCGGAUCGAGCUGCACGCAUGCUGCCUAUGCGACCGCUUGGUAGACUUCUGCCGGCAACGAGGGAUCCAUUGCACGGCCUAUUCGCCGCUGGCCUUUGGCUUGCUCCAGCUGUACGAGCGCGCGUCCAAGACGCCACAGAAAAUCCUGUAG